CGCAGAUUCUGCCUCUGCCCCGGAGCGCCGCAGUGGUUCUGCUCGCGCCGAGUCCGGGAGACGGAGCGGUGGCGGUGCCAGCGGUGCUUCUCGGAAAGUAUUUUCCGGGUGUGACUUGCGGGCAGGAGCGCGGGCUUUGGCAGCAUGUAAGCAGCUUUUUGCCAAGAACCCAGGUCACUGCUGAGAAGGGGCCUUUGGGAGAAAAAUACCCAGAGGAAACCAAUGCCAGAGGCGCCUGGAAUUACGCUCACCGCGGGCAGCAUGAGACAUUCUGUGCCGACCUCUCUGUCCUACUGGCAAAGACCGUAGCUCUCCAGGUGGGAGGGUCCUGGGGGCAGCAAGUGCUGGACGCCUCGUUCGAGGGAGAAUGGGGCCACAUGUGAACUCGCUGCAAUGAACACGAUUUUCAGCUUGUGAAGGAAUUUUAAGUAAAAUAAUUAUUUAAUAUCCACAUAUUCAAGAUCAAAAGCCUUCUCUGUGAAGUGCCAGCAGUCACCCCCUCCACAGGAGUAAUUAGGACUUUUUUGGCACCAAGCUGAGCUCUUCUUGGUACUUCUGGCAGUGACAGAGCUGUAAAACAGAUUUAUCUGCUGCGUGCUCCUGGGCAAGGAAAAAAGAAUAACCUCUGGAAGCAGCAUCAGGACAGCAGAGCAGAGGCCCUCCUCGCUGCUCACUUGCGCAGGAACUCAGCCUGGACUUGGAUGCUUUUCCUGAAGCUCUGUCCUGUCUUGUUCACCACCCACGUCCAUCUGUUUCGGGGAGACCUGGCGUUUUCAGCUGCCUCUCACGGUCCUUUUCACCAGUCGUUCUCCUCCCAAGCCUUCUAUUCAGGCACGUGAAUGAUGUGAACCUUGGAAUGGAGUUUGUUAUCCCUCGGGGACCCGCUUCCUUGCCCAGGCUGGUGCUGUUGGAAAGGCCCAUCUGAAGGCUGUGGUUUGUUCUCGAGACGGAGGGCGCUGGCCUUGCCUGAGUCGUCCACCAUGUUCCUGUUGCUGCCUUUUGAUAGCCUGAUUGUCAACCUCCUGGGCAUCUCCCUGACUGUCCUCUUCACCCUCCUUCUCGUUUUCAUCAUAGUCCCGGCCAUUUUUGGCGUCUCCUUUGGUAUCCGAAAGCUCUACAUGAAAACUUUGUUAAAAAUCUUUGCGUGGGCCACCUUGAGAAUGGAGAGGGGCGCCAAGGAGAAGAACCACCAGCUGUACAAGCCCUACACCAAUGGAAUCAUCGCGAAAGAUCCCACUUCGCUAGAAGAAGAGAUCAAAGAAAUUCGUCGAAGUGGUAGUAGUAAGGCUCUGGAUAACACUCCAGAGUUUGAGCUCUCCGACAUUUUCUACUUUUGCCGGAAAGGAAUGGAGACCAUUAUGGACGACGAGGUGACGAAGAGAUUCUCAGCCGAGGAGUUGGAGUCCUGGAACCUGCUGAGCAGAACCAACUACAACUUCCAGUACAUCAGCCUCCGGCUCACCGUGCUGUGGGGCUUGGGCGUGCUGAUUCGGUACUGCUUCCUUCUGCCGCUCAGGAUAGCUCUUGCGUUCACGGGUAUUAGCCUUCUGGUGGUGGGCACAACCGUGGUGGGAUACUUGCCAAAUGGGAGGUUUAAGGAGUUCCUGAGUAAACAUGUUCACUUGAUGUGCUACCGGAUCUGUGUGCGAGCGCUGACGGCCAUCAUCACCUACCACGACAGGGAAAACAGACCAAGAAACGGUGGCAUCUGUGUGGCCAAUCAUACCUCUCCUAUCGACGUGAUCAUUUUGGCUAGUGAUGGCUAUUACGCCAUGGUGGGUCAGGUGCACGGGGGACUGAUGGGCGUGAUCCAGAGAGCCAUGGUGAAGGCCUGCCCACACGUCUGGUUCGAGCGCUCCGAGGUGAAGGACCGCCACCUGGUGGCCAAGAGACUGACUGAACACGUGCGAGAUAAAAGCAAGCUGCCUAUCCUCAUCUUCCCAGAAGGAACCUGCAUCAAUAAUACAUCGGUGAUGAUGUUCAAAAAGGGAAGUUUUGAAAUUGGAGCCACAGUUUACCCUGUUGCUAUCAAGUACGACCCUCAGUUCGGAGACGCCUUCUGGAACAGCAGCAAAUACGGGAUGGUGACGUACCUGCUGAGGAUGAUGACCAGCUGGGCCGUCGUCUGCAGCGUCUGGUACCUGCCCCCUGUGACCAGAGAGGCAGAUGAGGAUGCUGUCCAGUUUGCAAACAGGGUGAAAUCCGCCAUCGCCAGGCAGGGAGGCCUCGUGGACCUGCUGUGGGAUGGCGGCCUGAAGAGGGAGAAGGUGAAGGACACCUUCAAAGAGGAGCAGCAGAAGCUGUACAGCAAGAUGAUCGUCGGGAACCACGAGGACCGGAGCCGCUCCUGAGCGCGCCUCGAGCCGGCCGGUCGCACCAAGUCCCGACCGCGAGCCCACUGGAGUCGCCGCCGCCGCCGCCGCCGCCGCGCCACUGCUGCCCGUUCCACACUCAGGCUCUCCAGGCUGCUCCAGAUCCCAACACGCAGCCGCUUAGAGCCGCACUGGGACCCCUGAGUGCGGGCUGCCAGGCGGCGCCCAGGACGAGAUGCCUUCUUGUUUGUUUCCCGAUGGUCGUUGGAGGAAUGCCAAUAAAGUCGGCGCCACCCGCGUGCGUUGUGGGGCUGAGUGGCUGUUGGGAAGAACCAGCCACAUUCUCGUGCCAGGGGCGGCGGGAUAUUGGUCUGUGGCGAAUGCCCACAUGCCACGGCCUUUGCUGGGGGAGGGGCACCCGCUCCUGAGGAGCAGCCCUGCCGGGGCUUCAGCCUGACCAUCACCCCUGCCUUGGAGCUCCACAGACUUGGUGAAAAGAACAGUGCUGUCCGCAGGGGCUUUCAGGAAAACGAAGGUUUUGGUUUGUGCUGCUGCUUGCGGAGAGCCCCAGCAAGGGCGGGAGAGGCCGGUGGGCCACCGAAUGCUGUGGUGAGACCCACGAGUCACGCUGUUCAGACUCCAGGGCUGAGCCUGAAUUCCCCAUGUGACUUGCUCUUUGUUUAACGUGUGCCUCAGUUUCCCCAUCUGUAACAUGGGUCAGGAGGGGAAGGGUGGUGACACCUACCUCACAGGGUUGUUGUGGGGAUUAAAGUGCUACUAUGAGUGAAGGACAUGUGAUGUUCAGUGUUGUAAGUCCAGGGCCACGACACGUGGCCAGACAAGUUCUGAGCUCAGAGCUGCCACACGGGGCUUUGGAUUUGCUUUUGAGAGUAAAUAAAAGUGGAUGGCGAACGAACCGGGGGACUUUGCCUUCACUCUUGCUCCCUGGAUGGAGCCCUGAGUAGCGUGUUUUGUGUGAAACUCAAGUCCUCUUACUUGAGCAUAACCCUGGGGCUGCAGGGUGCCCUUGACUUCCGGGAGAGGAGCAGCGUGGUCUGGGAGGUACACCAGUCUUCAGACGGUGGCACAUCUCUCU